AUGGGUCACUUACCCAGUAAGGAUACACGGCGCAUCAGUUUUGAUAAUACAUUUGCUAUGAGCACAGCACUAGCUAUUCCCAAGCAAGCUGAUGAUGAAGUUUUAACCAUUAAUACUCUUGAAACGAACAAAUCCAACGAAUUUUAUUACAAAGAGAAAACGACACCCAUCGAAGUGUAUGAUAACGAACAUGACUAUUGGGUGCAACGAAUUGAGUAUCUUAAAAAUGAACAUCAACUAAUAAAUAAAAUUGUGGAGUCGGAAUAUGAAAAAACUAUCGAGGAUACAAAAAAUCUAUUUGAUCCACCGAAAAUAACUCAUGAAAAAAUACAAAAAAUUAGACCGUGCUAUGAAUGGCGCUCUAAGCUUCCAGAGAUAACCGAUUUCACUAUAAUAAAACCGAUAAGCCGUGGGGCUUUUGGAAAAGUAUUUCUUGCCCAGAAAAAGUAUAAUCCAGAACAGUUGUAUGCUAUAAAAGUUAUGAAAAAGUCAGAAAUGAUCAAUAAAAAUAUGGUAACCCAGGUGGUUACGGAAAGAAAUGCUCUUGCCUUAUCAAGAAGUCCAUUUUGUGUUCACUUGUUUUAUUCAUUACAGUCAGCUUCAUCAGUUUAUUUGGUCAUGGAAUAUAUGGUUGGUGGAGAUCUGAAGUCUUUGUUAAAUGUUUAUGGUUUCCUAGAAGAGUCAAUGGCAAUAUUUUAUGUCGCAGAGGUAACUUUAGCCUUGGACUAUUUGCAUAAGCAUAAUAUUGUUCAUAGAGACCUUAAACCAGAUAAUAUGUUGAUUGCUAAAAGUGGACAUGUUAAGUUAACUGAUUUUGGAUUAUCGAAGAUUGAAAUACAUAGAGAUUUAGAAAUAUCUGACUUUGUGAAUCGAACACCAAGUCUGAAUUUACGUACUCCUGGUCAAUUAUUGUCUCUGACAUCACAUCUUUCAUUUGGUUCUGGAGGGGACUGUACCAAAGAUUCCUUAUCUACAGAAACUUGUGAGAACCUUCUUCAUGCACUUAAAGAAUCUACCAAGAAGAAGAGUAUAUUUUAUGAUGAUGUAAGCACUGUAGACAGCCCAUCUAUAGACCACUCUCAACUUUCUGGAAUUCAUCCAUUUAUGAGUGCCGAGAGUAUCAACUUGGAACAUAUUACUUCAAAAGACUCCGGCUCGGAAUCACUAAGUUCAUACCAUACGUGUGAAAGUUCGAAAAGCAGUUCAAAUAAAAGUAAUAAGUCAACAGACAUCAGUAGUGCUAAUGGUUCGUCUUUGGAGUCAGCGCUCACUGAUUCACAACAUGACCAGUCAACUUCACCUCUAUGCAGGGGCCACUCUUUGAAAAGGAUUCCUAGUUUCCGGGCUAAAAAAAAGAAAGCGGAUUUUGGAUUGUGA